AUGACUUCGUGGUCUAUUCUUCCGAUUGAAGUGAAAUCCGAGGUGCUGAAAUUCACUGGUUUUUUUUCAAGUAACAACGUUCGUUUGUGUUCAAAGUCAGAUCAAGAAGCUGUGGAAACUCCGAAAACGAAUAUUCCUUUUCUAAAAAUCAAUAUUUCAUCGGACCAUGUGACAUUAAUCAUAAUUGAGAAUACUUCAGAAAUUCUGAGAAUUGAUAUAAUAAAGGAAGAAGACGUAGAAAUAUACAGAAGUCAGAAUUUGGAAUGUGGUCUGAAAACAAAGAUUUUGAAAUCUGCAAAUUUUCUAGAGGAAAUUCGAAACUUUUUCAAUGGAAUUUUCGCUCGAAAAUUGGAAAUUGAGAGUUGUUUAAUCGAGAAUGAUGAGUUAAAAAGUGGUGAUGAAAUAUUGAAAAUCGUCGGAGAAAAACUGUCCAAAGCAGUUCCAAAAAAGGUUAUUCUGUCUGGGAAAUCCUUUCAAGCAACCAAAAAUGCUCUGAAAACUAAAAAUAUUUCGUCUGAAAUUUUGAUUCGCACCUGGAAAAAGGAUAUUUCGAAAAACUGGACCGGAUAUGAUUGGUUCAAAGGAUUCAAUGUUUCCGGAUGGAAUUCAAAACAAGGAGCUCAAGAACACAUAAUUGCAACUACACACAUUGAAUUGUAUCCAUAUAUAGCUCUUCUUGAGUCUUGGCCAAACGAAAAAUUCCAUUGGUUUCCUGGUCUCCACGUGGCUGACCCACAAAAGAAGUUCAGUGGUCCUGGCAGUGGAAUGCAAAAUUCGACAUUCAUAGAGUUUUCGACCCAUCAAUUCAUAAAAAUUCCGAUUGAUUCAAAAAAGGCAAUGUUUGUAAAGUUUUCGCAAUGUGGAGUAUCGAUUCGAAUGACCAACGAAGAAGAUAUCGAUGUGGAGGAUACGGAAUGUGGUCUGGAAUGGAUGUGUCUGAAUUGUGAACCAAAAACUAUGGAGGAUUGGUAUUUUCGAGAAACAAUUGGAAAUUUGCACUAG